GUAGGGCCACUGCCACAGAUCAGCUGGCAGUGCGCCGACUAGCUCUCCUCUGUCAAACCGGCACAUGGACUUGCAUUAGGUGGCCGUCAGUACUUUGAAAACAUCGUAAGACUAAUCUACUUCAUACCCGUAUUAUCGUAGUGGCAAAAUGAUUCGUUGUCAUCGUUCGAUUUUGGUGUGAAAUCGUGUGCUGUUUAUUUUUAAAGUAACAGAUUAGACCUCAAUAUACAGUGUACGUUGCUUCAGAUUUUAAAACCAGAAGUGUGUUUUGUGUGAGACUGUGAGCAGUAACUUGUCAGAAUGAUGAUUAAAAUUAGAAUUUCAAUAACCGGAGACUUCAAUGACAGGAUAAGAAUGAAGUUGUAAAGUGAUAUUUAAAAACCAAAUAUUACAGCGCAGUAUAAUUUGCCUGUAGGGGUGAGAUUUAUCUCCUUCUGCCUUGACUGAAUGACUGUAAAAAGACUCGAACAAAGCGUCUUUUAACGCAUUUUGGCGAACAAGUUAAAAAUGAAGAUGCAUCUCGUCCAUGAACUUUUAACGCAGACUUAAUGCUGCAACAAAUUUUUGUAGCCUAGGUUACUAGUUUAAUAUUUAAAUAUCAAAUUCAGUCAAACGUAUAGUACCUGCCCCGCCUGGUUGCACUAAGACACAAUUAACCUUAAUUCUGAUAAUUUACUAAAAACUAGUCGAGUACAGUAGCUCUUGCAAACUGAACUGUGAAUAUGAAAGGUGCAGAGUUGUGGAACAUUGCCUGUGGGUACAAACAAGUGUAAGAUAUGUGAGUGUAACGCUGGUCACGAGGAACCACUGCUUUGACAGAAGUGCGCCAAGAAUAUUUUGCGAGAUGCAGAGACUAAAACUGUCUUACAUUCGACACUGGCUUCAUCGCGUCUUGAUAGUUCGGACAUGCGGAUAGAUGGCUGAGCAGUUAGGUCAACAGGGGUCAUGGUAUUCCGACUGCUCUGGUUCUGCUUCUUCUUUGGAGCUUUACGUGCUACCUCAACUCACCGCCAGGAGGUGACCGAGGUUAAUUUACGCGACGUGCUGACGGCAGCCGAAUGGUCGUCACUCCUGGGCACUUCCGCUGAUGCACCAGAAUUCGCAGUGGUGCAACCGCGACUGCCCAGCAAACGUCGCAAGAGAUGGCUGCUUUCGGACGAGACGUCCGUCAUGCCUGUGGCUUUCGAGGCUCAGUCGCUGGGACGUCGGUUCGAACUUCAGUUACGUCCCAGCCCGGCGCUACUGGACCCACAGUUCGUUCUACUACGACGUUGGAGGAACCGCACCGAGAUGCUAUCCCCUCGCCUCGCGGAUCAGAGCUGCUUCUAUCGCAGUGACGAUAGACAUCGCGCUGCUGUCGCCCUCUGUGACGGAAUGAGAGGUAUAAUCUCGUCGCCUAACAAUGAAUACUACAUCAUUAACCCUUUGCCUCGUCGGUUCCGACGAGGAUCUGCCAAUAUACCUCACGUAAUCGUAAAAUGGACACCACCUUCGUUAAGUGGAAGGGACGAAGAUAUUUCAUCAUGCGCAUCGCAACAUCAACAUCAGUUUCGUGAUGAAAAUUCAGAAUCAAGUGCACACCGAAUAAACAGCAGAUUACUAUCAAAUUCCCAUAUUAGUACUUUUGAUAAUUCUAGUUCUUUGAACAUCAGUGACGGUAAUAUUUCACGAAGUUCUGUUCCAGAACGUGUGUAUGAUGUAAACAAACGUGAUAGAGUGGAUUUUGAAAAGACUAACAUGUUAUCAUCAAAACUGGAUGUGAGUGAGGAGGAAUCAACAAAGACAUCACGUACGUUCAAUGGUGAUGAUAACGAAAUAACAGAUUCAUCAUCUACAGGAAAUAGAACGAAGUUCGGUGACGUGAGGGGCAAUACAGUUCAGGGUGUUAAGCCAUGCCACAUUUGUUCCGAAGAAAUCAAGGUAGUGCAGAGGAGAGGUAAAAGGUCAGUGGUGUUGGUACCAGGGAUGCCAAUCCAUGUGGAGACGGCUGUGUUUGUAGACAAGGACCUGUACCAACACAUGGCCCUCAACUUUCCAGCUGACACAGAACGCGAGCUUGUUCGUGUGGUACUCGCCAUGAUAAACGCAGUCCAGCUGCUGUACCAUGAUCCAUCACUAGGCCGCCAGGUAAACUUCGUUCUUAAACGCCUGGAAAUCCUUCAUGCGGACCCAGCAUCACUGCAGCGCCCACAUGAUAUUGACCGCUUCCUUAGCAGCUUCUGCACAUGGCAGCGCGGAGAGAAUCCUCCAGGAGACUCUGACCCUCUGCAUUGGGACCAUGCCCUCAUCCUCACAGGCCUCGAUCUUUAUGUUGUUAGUAAGAACGGCAAAGUCAGCAGUCAGGUUGUUGGUCUGGCUCCUGUAGCUGGUAUGUGUACUGCAACCAGCAGUUGCACUGUUAAUGAGGGUCGACAUUUUGAGAGCGUUUAUGUAGUGGCACACGAGAUAGGACACAACCUUGGCAUGCGCCAUGAUGGACCCUUAGCAGAAAAUGAAUGUGAUCCUGGAAGUUACAUCAUGUCACCAACUUUAGGAAGUGGAAAGAUCACGUGGUCUUCUUGCAGUCGACGGUACCUGCAAAUGUUCCUAGAAACACCUCAGUCGCAAUGUCUGUUGGACCACAGCAGUUCUGGUGGACAGCUGGACCACAGUGCCGAAGGAGCACUACCCGGAGAGAGAUUUAACGCAGAUCAACAAUGUAUGCUGAAAUAUGGUCGUGGAAGUAUUCAUGCCACACAGCAACCACUUGAUGACGUGUGUCGCGAUCUACAUUGCCAACGAGACCGUUAUACAUGGACCUCACAUCCUGCGCUAGAAGGAACUUUCUGUGGUAACAACAAGUGGUGUCGCAGUGGUCGAUGUGUGGGGAAAGGACUCUCAGCAUUACAAGCUGGAUUUUCACUUAAUCAACGGGUGGAUGGUGCAUGGAGUGAAUGGUCACCAUUUUCAGAGUGUGCCUCAGGCUGUCUGUAUAGCGAUGAAGGCCGACUACAUGCUGGAAGCACUGGUAUCAUGGUAUCGACAAGACGGUGCAACAACCCCAGGCCUGAAAAUGGUGGGUUGCCGUGUAGAGGUAGCGAUCGCAGAUACAGGACAUGUUUUGCUGAACAAUGUGGGAAUGUUCAGAAAACUACUAUUCGAGAUUUUGCUGAUCAAAUUUGCAUUAGGGCUCGAGAGGUUGACACAGAACUGCUGGGAACUGGAGUUCAGAGGAUAAGUUCUGAUUUGGAAGAAGCAUGUACUGUAUGGUGUUACAAAAGAAGUGGAGGAUCCAAAAGUCGAGGAUGGACAUUCCCUGAUGGUACAACCUGUCAGAGUCAUCAAUCACGAUAUGGAAAAUCUAUGUAUUGCAUCAGUGGUAGAUGUGAGGAGUUUGUCUGUGAUCAGUAUGAUGUGGCAACAUUCAGUACCCUGCCUGAGCUGUGUCCUGGGCCCUCAAGAGGAGAAGGAGACCUUCAAGUCUAUGACUCAUCCUUCUUUGCUCACAGCAAGGGUCAAAGGAGAGAAGUGCCCAAGGCUCAUACACUGUGGAGUCCUGCAAGUGGUUGCCACUUCAACUGUCUUGCUCCAGGGCGCGGUCUUAGACUAGUGAUAGCGAAAGAUACGAAGUGUCACCUGGAGGACAACUGUGAAGGAGGGAGCAUCACCAGCAUCCAACUCUGUGAGCCAGACAAACUGGGAUGUGGCAGGCUCAAAACUCCAUUUGAGCAUGCAACCACAGUAUGCAGAAAGUACAGAGAGAGAGUAAGAAGGCUAUCCGGUUUGGGGAUGCAGAUUUCGCCUGUUGCUCAGGAUCCUGACCGCCCGUGUCGUGUAGCCUGCCAAGAUGAUGAAGUGAACCAUCGUUUCUAUUUAGUUAAUGGAGAAGACGGCUGGUUUCCAUUUGGAACAGACUGCAGUCGUGGAGUACUUGAAAAGAGAGCAUACUGUGUUAGUGGAAAAUGCUUGGAUUUUGGUUCUGAUGACACACCUCUGCAUGAAUCUGAGUACACUCUACCUCUGAUUGGUCGGCUGAAGCGCAGUCUCAUGAACAACUCAACAACCAAAGUAAAAACUACAGUGGAUCAAGCCGUGCUAGAUCGCAUUAUAUCCAGUCUAAACUUCACAGACAACUCCUACCAAGAGUUCAACUCCCACAACAAUCAAUUUUCUAUAGAUCUGAGUAACCCAAUACACAUUGAAGUAAUUACUGGCAUGAAAGGACUUCAACAGAGCAGUGUUGGGCAAGGAUGAGAAUGAGAUUUGGAGAUUCUCAAGAGCUCUUUGUUAAUAAUGCACUUACAAAUACCAACUUUACUACAUUAGAGACAUACUUAAACCUAACUGGGCAUUCUUCUUACACCAAAAUGAUGGUUUAUUUUGCAGAACUACACAUAGUUAAAAGCAUAACAGACUUUAACUGAAAAAUCAUUGGAGACAAGAAAAAACAUCAAAUAACUUUAUACCGUCCUAUGCUCUUUUUCAAUCCAUAAUACGCACCCUGCAAUCCCACCAUCAAUUAAACUUUUGAAGCAACUAAUAGAUAUUCAUGAGACCUGAAAUGAAGAUCAUACCACAGGCCAUCCCAACCUUUACAAUUUAAUAUUUCUUACUUUCAGUAAUACCAGCAUACUGGUCAUGUGAACUUCUGAGGUAUUAGUGUAAAUUCUGCACAAAAGUAUAUUACUAAAUAGUAUAAUUAAUAAAUUAUAGUCCUUGCAAGCCUCACUAUAUAGAAUAACAUAUUUGAAAGAAUGUAGCUAGCGCAAAUUCUUCCCAGAGAUUAUUGUUUUAGGAAUGAUAGAGAAAACCAUUUGGCUUGAUUCACUUGAGGCAUAUCCUGGUUUUGAAUUGUUUCACUGUCCACAGAAUGAAAAAUCUAUAAUACAUACAAACAAACAUAUAGAAAGCAAGGUACUAUGCAGGAGUUUAAAGUAACAUUAAGUUAUUCAUAAUUAAUGAAAAAAUGAUUUAUUUUUGUUCAAGUACUUUCUUAUGUGCAUUCUGUAAAUCACUGAAUGAAAAACAAAAGACAUUUAUAAUCGAAUUUGCAUUAUAACAGAAAGAAGUGUACCCUUUUCAAGAAAAAAUGCUUUGCAUGUUAGAGAAACUAGUAGCUCCAAAUAUAUGCAGAUUUUUAAGUGCAAUGAGAACAAAACCCAGAGUAGGUGUCACACAUCUAUAUUGAAGUAAUAAGCCAUGAAAAUAGUAUAAAAUAAAGGUUGGUAAUAAUGGUAAAACUAUUUUGUACUAAAUAUUUUGAUUACAUUUUAUUAUAUACCAAAUAUUUAUAAAUAAAUUAAAUGUUGUAUAUUUUUGUGUA